CUGCUGCUGCUUUUGCGGCUAAGAAGAGAACAGUCGCAGAAGGAUGGUGUGCGAAAAAUGUGAAAAGAAACUUGGUACUGUUAUCACUCCAGAUACAUGGAAAGACGGUGCAAGGAAUACCACAGAAAGUGGUGGAAGAAAGCUGAAUGAAAAUAAAGCUUUGACCUCAAAAAAAGCAAGAUUCGAUCCAUAUGUAAAGAAUAAAUUUUCCACUUGCAGAAUUUGUAAAAGUUCUGUGCACCAACCCGGUUCUCAUUACUGCCAGGGCUGUGCCUACAAAAAGGGCAUCUGUGCAAUGUGCGGGAAAAAGGUCUUGGAUACCAAGAACUACAAACAAACGUCUGUCUAGAUGUAUUGAUGAAGUUUCUGGCUUUCUGUAUCAUUUUGCUUUUUGCUUUAAAUGUUCAAGGUGUAUCAUAGUUGUUCAAGUUACAAAAUAACAUGUUUUAAGACAAAUU